GGAGGCAGCGGGCAUUGCUGGACACUCGGCGGAGGUGUGCGGACAGAAACAGGAGCCCUCGGCGGUUGAUGGUUGUCCAAGUUAACGGGUUUUGGGGUAUGUGCGUGGCUGCCCCGGACGGUUGGGUGUUGCUCGCCAGGGUUCCCGUUUCCCCCCUGUUUUUGCCGGGGAUCUUAAGGGAGACGGAAUGAGAGAGAAGCCAAGAAGGAUUCCCCAGCACUAUGGAGCCACGCAUUGCAGGCAGCUGUGAAAGGUGACAGUGAAAUGAAUAGCAUCUGACCCUCAACUGUAAACCUUUACCUGGUGCUGCUGCCCAUCGCAGUGACAAUACGUAACAGUAUCAAGAUCUACAAAUGUUCCACAAUUGUGGAGUUUGUGAAGCCAACAGCAGCAUCAUGUUCUACGGUUCUUCCUCUGGGGCCAGUAUGUCCCUACCGUCCAAGAGCCGCCUGAAACGCCAGAGCAGGACAUUCACACAGGUCCUGUAUCGUACUCUGAGUUACAGAGACCGUGUCCCAGUAGAAACUGGGACAAACACUCGUGUGGACCGGCGCUCGAUGACUGAACCCCCAGAGCGACCGGCGGACGACCCUGCUGAACUCUCCACGCAGAGCUCAGCCCCUGGGGUACUAAAGAUUUUUGGAGAUGAAAUUUGUGCCGGUGCCAACUACAAGAGUGUCCUGGCCACGCCGCGCUCCAGUGCGCAGGAGCUGGUGAAAGAGGCACUCGAGCGUUACUCUCUCAACAAGAACGCUGCCCACUCUUACGUCCUGUGUGACGUGAUUGGGCGUUUGGAGGGGGGAGGCGGGAUAGGAGGAGGGGGUUGGCGAACUGAAUGCCUGCGUGCAAUGGGGGACAAUGAAAAGCCACUGUUGCUCCAAGAGCUUUGGAAACCCAGAGAAGGACACGCUCGCAGAUUUGAGCUGCGGAGGAGAGCAGAGGUGGAGGAAUUCAACGCCAAGGAGAAGGACACCAUCACUGCUGGGCCCAAAACCUCCCAAUUCCUGGCGGCUCUAAUGGGUCGGUCUGGGCUGGGCAAACACAGGAGCUCCCCCCUGCGGUUUGGUCGAGCGGUACAGUCCAGCUCUAAAGAUAUUAAUGCUCAGGCUCGUAAGCUCCAGAGGAACAGGGCGAAGGGGACGCUGACCCUGCCCCGAUCUAGCAACUCAUCCUUCUGCCGCAGCCUCAGCGAGACUAGCCUCAACCAGCUGGGCGUCGGAGAUGAACCCAAGCGUUAUUACUCCACCCUGCCAGGGCCCUUAAGGGGUCGAGAACGUGAAGCGGCUUCCAGCAGCCGGAGGAAAGAGGAGGGGAGUCAGGGAGGAGGAGGGGUGAGGCACUCGCUUUACCAGUCCCCACACCUCCUGCUGCUACAGGGAUACAAUCGACAGGACUGUUUGGUGUACCUGCUGAACCGAGAGCAGCACACAGUUGGUCAGGAGACUCCAUCAGCUCGCCCCAACAUCUGCCUCUUCUCUCCUGACAUCCUGCCCCUCCACUGCCGCCUGCGACGAGUCCCUGCACCCCGUCGGAAUGCCAACAGCAACAACAAGGGAGAGGAGCAGGGGGACAGCCAGCGGUCCUGUGUUGCAGUUGAGCCGGUGCUCCACGCCACAGUUCUGGUGAACUUUUCCCGCUGCGAGCGCUCCACCACGCUGCGACACGGUGACCUCCUCUCCUUCGGAGCGCAUUACAUCUUCCUGUACAAGGACCCCACAGGCGCUAAGCCUUUGCCUGCUCAGACCUUGGCACGCCUUCGCUCCCUGGGGCAGCUUUAUGACGCAGGGGUGGAGGAGGGAGAGGGCAGUGCUCAGACUUGUAAGAUGUGUGGUUCUGUACUGAAGGACAGAACAGCGGUGUCAAGUGUUCCUGCAGUCAGACGCAGCUUCAAACCUCACCUGGUAAAACCCCGCAGCGGGGGGCCAGCAACGGGAGGGCCCCUUAGUUUUUCAGGAGGAGGAAGAGGAGGAGGAGGAGGAGGAGGAGGAGGUCAGAAAAGAAGACUACAGUUGGACUUUGACCAGGCUCAUGAAGACCAGCUGUUGAACAGGAUUGUGUCUCUCAUAGAACCUGGAGGAGAUGACCAUAAACUGACACCUGCCUACCUGCUGUGUCUGUGCAUACAACACUCUGCUUCAACCUUCCCACCUGGGAGUUUUGGAAAACUACUGCUCAAGAUAGUCCGGCGAAUUCAGACCAUUGCAUGGGAGAGGACAAAGGAGCUGGCUCAGAAGCAAGCUCAGCAUCCAGACCCGCUCGUUGUCUCUGCUCAUAUCUCAGACUUGAUCCCAACCUGCAGACUAUCUUCUUCUGAUGUCUAAUCCAUCGAGAUCCUUUACUUCACACAAAGAGCACCAGCGUACACACACAGCAUAGAGACACUGCAAGGCUCAAAAGAGUCGUUGCUAUCGGCAACUAUAUCAGCCAACGAGGAGGCAAUGACUAUCUUGGAAGAAGUGAUCAUGUACACCUUCCAGCAAUGUGUCUACUAUAUCACCAAGGUAAUCCCGCAGCCUAGGGUCUCUUAUGUAGUGUUACCAGGUUUGUUGGACUGUAAUCCAUUCCCAGUCGACAGCUCUGAGCCCUGCUGGAAAGGAGGUGUAGGGUUUCCUGAACCUGUGCGCAGGGUCCUGCAGGUGUUUCAGAAUGGCCAGGAGCUUUUGCAGGGCUUCCAGGUUCACCUGGAAAUUCAGGCUCAGAUGUUCUCUUACCUCUUCUUCUUCUCCAACGUUUCGCUGUUUAACCAGCUAAUGGACAAAGGUCCAUCUCGGGGUUGGUUCCAGCGCUCAAAGUGUUUGCAGAUUCAGGCUUGUUUGCGGAUGGUCAUGGAGUGGGCGAGCAAGUCCGGUCUGGGACAUCUGGCCGACAAUUUCUUUACCAAACUGAACAGCACUGUGUCCAUACUGGCCACGCCCCCACAACAGCUUGUGCAGUUGAGUUGGCGAGCUUUGUCCAGUGAACACCCGGCUCUGAAACCUGUCCAGCUGCACAGGAUUCUCACCCAGUACCAGCUCACUGGAGAGAUAGGCCCCGUCCCAACAUGGCAACCCAGCAGCGAGGAUGAGGCGUAUAUAUACAGAACAGUGGACCUCCUGGAGAGCUUUGAGAACCACCCUCCCAUAGUGCUGCCCAGCUCCGGCUUCAGAGUGGACCUAGACAGCGAGUGUGUGGAAGACAGCGUCUACAGACAGCUGCUCUACAUUCGCCACUACCUGUGGGGGCUACGCACCAAGACGCAAACACACACCAACACUCCCAGUGUGCACACACACUCCAACGGAACCAACACAGCUGACUGGCCCGACGUUCAGAGGGAGCUGCUGCCUCCGGCCCACAACAGUCCUCGCUCUGCUGGUCCUGGGGAUGAGGUGGCGGCAGAGACGGGAGAGGAGAGACGACGGGACAGACCCCCAGGCCAAUCACACACACACAGCCUCAGAAGGAACGGCACCAUCCACCACGCUCGGGCAGCAAAUCCAGACCCAUCCUGCCUGUUGACGCCUCCCAACACCCCGCUCGUACCUAGAUGAUUGGAGGAGGAGAGAGGAGGAGGAGGAGGAGGAGGAGGAGGAGGGCAUGUUAUAGGCCCCAACACCCAGACUAACGGCUGCACCAGCAGAACUGUGGCAGAGUGUAAGACCAAUGGACUCAUCACCAACGGACUGGAGGGGUGUAUUAGUGGGUGUGAGUUUCCUUUCCCUGUAUCCUCCCUUGGCGCCCCUCCCCUUCCUGAUGACUUGUGUGUGGUGUUUGUAGUGGAACUGGACAAGGGACCCUACGGACUGGGCAUGGGACUCAUAGACGGCCUGCACACUCCUCUCAACGCUCCAGGCAUCUACAUCCGGACUCUGAUCCCUGACGGACCCGCUGCCUCAGACGGCAGACUGAGAAUCGGAGAUCGCAUCCUGGCUGUGAAUGGGACCAGUCUGAUAGGAGCAGACUACCAAAGCGCGGUAGAUCUGAUUCGUCUGGGAGGAGGUCGCCUUCGUUUCCUGGUGGCCAAGUCCGACCCCGAUGUCUCAGAGAAGAUCAGUGCCUCCUCUUGCUGACCACCUCUGAGCAACACAUUAUACAAGACUGGAGUGUUAGGACAGCAAGACAACGAGAAAUACAGAUGGUGUCCACUGCCGAACGGCAUACACACAAACACACACCCGUGCGUACAUACGUGGCAUGAAAUAUGAAUGUGAAACCUAGCAACAGCACAAAGCCAAGCAAUCAAAGUGGAGAUAACGCUCCACAACUCCACCCUAUAGCUGCCAGACCUGCUUCCCUUGCGCUGACUCCUACUGGGUUUGUGUAACAGACAGAACCCGUAACCCACCUCGACAUCACAGGAAUUUGCUGCGAGGAAAAUUUGCCUAAUUAAUCAGCGUCUGAGGCGGGUGAGGUCUAACCAGCCCCUAUGCAGUGUGAUGUUGUUUGAAGCACAGUAGAUUUUAGGGUUUUAAUUUCUCUUCAGUCAGCGCUCCGAGCAUGUGCGCACAUUGGCCUUUUUCCACCAGUAUUUUAGAAUCAUUUGUAUUAGUAAUUCCGACGUUAAGUAGCAUGGUAAAAUAGCUACCCAGCUCUCAGACAAAGGGACUCAAACUGAAAAUGUACUUUAAGAUUCUAAAAGCAUUUGCAGACAAACAAGACGACAGCCUCAGUAAACAGCAGAUGUUUUACACAGUGAUUUUAGAGUGGAAUGUUUUAUAAUCCUGUUUGUUAGAAACUCCCAAAGCACUAUCACUGUCUGCUCAACAGACUAAACGAUUGUGAAUGAAUGUUGACUUUUGUACUGGAGAGUGGGUGGAAGAGGAGGCAAACUCAAGACAUACAGCCCAACUCCCCCAUUUUAUUCAUCACUGGACUCUAUACCUCCACUGGAAAACAGAUGAGCAACUGAGGCUCCACAUGCACAGGGGAUGUGCAGCUGUUGUGGGACAUUGGUUAUUAAUUACUGGAUCAUCAAGACCACAUGCUUCAGUCCAGAGUUUCUGAUGCACAAUCCUGUAGUGUUUUAAUCAGACUUUUGUUGUGAAUAUAUGCUUAUAUGUAUCUGGGGUUGUAAAUAGUUGUUUGUAAAUAUUUAACACUUGGUCUUAUAUUGUUUGGACAUUUAAAAGAGAAACUGCAUUUGGGAAAUACUUUUUUUCUGAAAUAUAUUCAUCAAUUAACACUGCAAUCUGAUGGGAAAAAAGAAACAAUAUUUUCAGGAAUACGUGUUCACAGCAGAAUUGCUCACGCAGUUAGUAAGCUGCAGUUUUGCUUCAACAGUAACUACACCCAAAUUAUAGAAAAUGUUUAUUUAACUUACAGUGGUACCUAGCUUUAUUUUGUUUUCUUUUUCUACGUUUUGAGACACUUGUAUCUGAGAUGUUUGCCUCCACUUCCUCGUGGUUGUUCACAGCGUUUUCAAAUUACAUUUAAAACAUUCAACAGCAGCUAUUGAGCCACAAUCUACUGACCUCACUAUGGACUAUUUCAUUGAUAUAAAGUAGUCCCUACAAACACUGUUCACUGUGGGAUCAGUGGAUUAUGCAGAGUGACUGCAACAUUUUUCUGGAAGAAGUUUUUUUUUUUUUUUAAAGCAACUUCUGUGAGCACAAACAUUCACCUCCAUUUUUUUGGGGUGGAGGCAAAAUCUCAGGUAUAUAAUCUAGGCAAGCAAAACCAAAACGAUCAGCAAGGUUAGAUCAUGUUUCCAUGUAAUUUGGCUGUACUGACCCCUUAAAAAGAAGUCCAGCUAGAACAAUAACAGGUCACCUUUUAAAAAGUCCUUAAUGCAAAGCAUAGGUCACUACAGAAAAAAAGGCAUGCUUAGUCAGUUCUAUGCUGCCUGGCCUUCUGUUCUGACCCUUAGCUCAUUAGAUCUCCCCUGGACUAAUUUCUUAUGAUUUAAACAAUGGUUACAGUUUUAGUCUGAACGUUGUUUCUUUUUUCCCCAUCAGCUUUGUUAUACUCUCCACUUUUGAUUCUGUUAAUUUCUUUGCAGUACAUUUUAUUUUUGUGGGUCUUAAGGUUUGUAUUACAUUGAUCUCGUGCAUGUCUAUUCUUCUCUGUUAAUUAUUUAUACUGUUUAAAAAAUAAUGGUACUUAAUAAAGAUUGUUGGAUACUUGCAUUUUUCUGCUUGGAAACCCAAUGUUACCAAAUGUAAGAAGUGUGACAGAGACCCAAACAUGGCUGACACCUGGUCACAGAGAAGACAAUGUAAUAUUUAAGUCAAUGAGGAAUUUUAAUUUGUGCUACACAUUUUAACAAAUCACAAAAACAGGAACAUUUAAAAAUACAUAUACUUCUCUAUUUCCAGAAUGUUUACGUAUUGAUGACAGCUGUUUUUACAUCGAGCAAAAUAUUUUUUUUCCAAAAAUCAGAAAAAAAUACCUUCUAAAUAGCUUUGUCAUUUAGCAGAAAGAGCAGCAUACAAUCAUUACGCAUCUUUUUUUGUUUUUCUAAUGUGCAACAACAAUCACUGAAAUCUUGCGCAAAUGUGCCUGUUUGCCAGCUAAAAAUGAGGCCUGUGCAAGGACAUUCGGAAAAGCUAAAGGCGGAGUGAGAAAGAGAUUAGAGAGGGAGGAGGGAAAGUGCUGAAGAAUAUCUAAUUAAGGCAGUGUCUGUGACAGGAAUUGCCAACAGCUUGAUGCCUCUGUAGAGACUGCAGAGAUAGAAACUGCUCACUGAGGAGAGGGAGAGAGGUAGAUGGGGGAAAUUGAAAGCAAAAGUGUAGGGAGUCAAGAGUAUAAAAUUUGUCAAAAGUACCAUACAGAAAGAAAGGAA